GCAGGCUGACCGUUCGGGGUGGGGGGGCGGCAGGCUGGCCAGCGCGGCGCCCCCUCCAUUUUGGCGCCCUAGGCAACUGCCUAGUUCGCCUUAAUGGACGCGCCGGCACUGUGUGUAGCUCUGCAGUUUAAGCUCACACUGGCAUUAUUAGCAAUAAUAAAGAGCGCACACUACGCAGACGAAGUAAAGAACUAAAUGCUGGGCUUUUCCGGGAGGCUCGUGGUGGCUAAAUUUUUGCUUAUAUCUGAGGAGGCGCGAGUAGUUAGUAAGCCGUUUCUAGCGUCUUCCUCCUCGCUAGGCCCAAACCUGGCGCGUUCUCUUGUUGCCGCUUUCAGGGGCAGAGCGGCUUGUUUCCCGGAGGAGGCGGAGACCCGCGCGGGCCUAGCCCAGGCCAGCGGCAAGAAGCGUAACGCGCAGAACUGCUCUCAUCAUGCAGCCCGAACGAGGCGCCCGGCCCCGAAGGGGAGGUGGGCGGCCAAACCGGAGGCGACCAAGUGGUAGGGAAAGACAAGCGGAAGGUGCUGGAGGCAGCAGUGAAGAUGGAUGCAACCGAGGAGGAGGCGGGAGCCGGGGAAGAGGCGGAGGAAGAGGCGGGGGACACGGCAGGCGAGACGCUCGUGGCAGAGGGAUUGCUGAGCCUCCCUCUCCCUCCGAGCACUCGGCUACUACUGAUCUUGAAUCACGAGAAGAGGAAAAAGAACAGGGAAGUUAUUCAAGAAGAAAGGUAGUUUCCAACUGGCACCGCUAUGAAGGUACUGAGAAAGAAACACUAAAUGACAGUGGUGAAUCUCAGCGUGGGACGGAUUUCAGUGUUCUGCUUAGCUCAGCAGGGGAUUCCUUCACUCAGUUCAGAUUUGCUGAAGAAAAGGAGUGGACUACAGAAAACAUUUGCCCAAAGCAGUUGUCUGGGCUAUAUGUUGACUGCCAGUCCUUGGUCCAGGCACUUGAAGAGCUCCCUCUGCAUCUCAAACUGAAUGUGGCUGCUGAACUGGUGCAGGAUGCAACGCCUGUUGCACUCCCCCAGAUUAAAUCGAAAAGUAAGGAUGCUUCCAAGAGGAGUGCUCCAUUACAGCAGCAUGUCGGGCAAAGCAUUGGGGUAUCAAGCUGUUGCCCUGCUACAGACUCUGCGGCAGCUGCCCACUUAAUGCUACCUAAUAAAGGUGGAUGUGGAAUUAUUUCUUCAGAGAUACCCCAGAAAACACUUUCAGUUACCCAGCAAGAAACAGAUCAUUUGGAUGAAGACCUUGACCUGCUCCUGAAGCUGGACAACCCUGUUAAUCCUGAAAAAAAUGUUUCAUUGGAAACAAUAUCCCAUGAUACAGCAUCUGGGGAAGAUCUGAAAAUGCCUUAUGAAGAAAAUGUCCUUUCAGAACUGGGUGGAACUGAAGAAAGCUGCUCAACAUCUCAAAAGGAGGAAGUAACAUCCAAAAAUAUUACUGAGGAAGACCUUGAAGAUUGGUUAGAUAGCAUGAUUUCCUAAGGCCUGUGUAUUGUUGUCAUGCAGUUAAUCAAAAAUGACAGUAUGUGUGUAUAAAAUAUCCAUUUAUAAGUAUUCUGUUAAGUAACAGCUUCAUUUUAAUUACGUUGCAUGUCUAACUUUGUCUUGGGACUCUAAAACAAGAAAUCUGGGCAGAUUCUAAAACAAUGGAUAUUAGCAGAGAGGAUAUAUCUAAAGACAUGUAUUAGCAUUUAUUUGAAAUGCUUGAAGAAAAAUGUAAAGUUCUGGUGGCUUAUGCUGCAAAUGAACACAGACAAUAGCAAAACAAUUUCAGCUUUUAUUUUUCAACAGCUUUAUUGCUCAGAAUUAUGAAAUAAAGUAGUGAUGGUAAACGCA